GAGGACGAUAGCGACGACGAUAUGGAGGAGAGCCACCUGCUGAUGACUGAACUUCCUUCGCCGUUAACGCCGAGCGCUGGUCGCGGCGGUACAACUUUGCUUCUGCACCCGCAUCAGGUGCAUCAACGCGGCACCGCGGUAACGCACGGCCAACCCGCCGCGAGCACCCACGUGUCCUCCUUGUAUCCUGAGAUUCUGGCACUCAUCUUCAGCUACCUGGACGUACGCGACAAGGGACGAGCCGCUCAAGUAUGCACCGCGUGGCGCGACGCUGCCUACUAUCGCUCGGUUUGGCGAGGAGUCGAAGCGCGAUUGCAUCUCAGAAAACAGGCGCCAGCGUUAUUCGCCAGCUUGGUAAGACGCGGCGUGAAGAAGGUACAGGUAUUGUCAUUGCGACGCGGCCUCAGCGACGUUCUAAAGGGCGUGCCGAAUCUCGAGGCACUCAACUUGUCCGGUUGCUACAACAUUACCGACUCCGGUAUCACGAACGCUUUUUGCCAGGAGUACCCGUCCCUCAUCGAGCUCAACCUAUCGCUUUGCAAGCAAGUGACGGACACCUCCCUCAGCAGGAUAGCACAGUUCCUGAAGAAUCUCGAGCAUCUUGAAUUAGGUGGUUGCUGUAACAUCACCAACACCGGUUUAUUGCUGAUCGCAUGGGGCCUGAAGAAACUCAAGCGACUGGACCUACGAAGUUGCUGGCACGUUUCUGACUUGGGCAUUGCUCAUUUGGCUGGAUUGAAUCGCGAGACUGCCGACGGUAAUCUCGCCUUGGAGCACCUGAGUUUGCAGGACUGCCAACGAUUGAGCGACGAGGCGCUUAGGCACGUGUCGCUCGGCCUCACCACCCUCAAGUCCAUCAACCUGUCUUUCUGCGUGUGUAUCACCGAUUCCGGCGUCAAACACUUGGCCAGGAUGUCGAGUCUACGCGAGUUAAAUCUACGCUCGUGCGACAACAUCUCCGACAUCGGCAUGGCGUACUUGGCCGAGGGCGGCAGUCGCAUCACAUCGCUCGACGUAUCGUUCUGCGACAAAAUCGGCGAUCAAGCACUCGUGCACAUCUCUCAGGGUCUGUUCAACCUAAAGUCCCUGUCACUAUCCGCCUGCCAGAUCAGCGACGAAGGUAUCUGCAAGAUCGCCCUCGAGACCCUCAACAUCGGCCAGUGCAGCCGGCUCACUGAUCGGGGUCUGCACACCGUCGCCGAGAGCAUGAAGAAUCUCAAGUGCAUCGACCUGUACGGCUGCACGAAAAUCACCACCAGCGGCCUCGAGCGGAUCAUGAAGCUGCCACAGCUCAGUACGUUAAAUCUUGGUCUGUGGCACGUGCGGUGAUGGCUUUUUCCGUGGCUAAGUGCUCUGGACGAACGCUGUCAACGUUACCGUCAUCGUCAUUGGCAUCGUCAUCGUUACCAAGGCGACGACGACUCCUCGCAGCGAUCCAAGGAUAACUUCGCGCGCAUGUUCCUGCCGCAGGCGGUAAGUCCGUUUCUGUCGCUCGGCGCACGAAGUCGCCCGAGCGCCCUCGACAUCGGUAUCUACGACGUCGUCGGCGAAUAGCGUAAAUAGCGAAUUUAGCUCGUUUCUCCGCCCGAGACAGGAAUUCCCCCCCCCCCC